CCCCCCCUCCCACCCCUCCCCACCUGGGAGAACGAGAGAGAGAGAGAGAAAAAGAGAGACAGCUUGCCUGCUGUUGCUGCUGCUCGCACUCCUCGCAGCAACCCCUCUCUGCUCGCCCCAGCGCCACUUUGGCACUCAGGGCCCAACACUUUGAAGCCCCAACCCCCUACAGUGCUGCUUUCUCCAGAUUCGUUGUUGCUACUCUACUCAUCCACACUAACUCAUGGACUCCAUUCCUCGUGGAGGUCCUUGCUGCCAUUCCGCUGCGAUUUGGCUUCUGCAGCGACGUCUGUUCCGUAACAUUUAGUUCCUCAUUCAGCCAAUUCCGACUGCGGGAAGCUUCAUCACCAUCAGCUCGGUGGAGCUUAGCAUCGUUCAUCUAUGGUGUUUCAACUUGGUUGGAACCGUGCUGAAUGAAAUGGAGUCAGGUAGCUACCAAUUCACGUGAUUGAAGAGCAACAGCUUUAAAACAUGCGGAUGAAGUUUUUGUUCCCGGUUGCUGUUUAUUUAUGUCUUCUGCAUCCGAGUAGUGGAGCCUAGUAUGCACGAGCUGGUGUUAAACUUCUGGAGUGAUUGUCGACUAUGGCAUGCUUUCUUUUGAGGCCAUGCACCGACCUACUUGCACUGGAGGAGUUUGUUUCUUGGGGAAGGCCAUUGCAGCAGUUUUGAGCUGGUUACUAGUGUAUGGCUUCCGCAUCUACUCAAAUAUACGUGUAUGUGGCUGGUUUUUGUGGAGCAUUACAAGGUCAAUUCCCCUUCAACAUUCGGGCAGAGUUGCGUGAUUCCCAGCAUCUGAAUUCGUGAACUGCAUAUGAGAGUCGGGGUCGAGACUGUUGGGGGCGCUCUUCUGUUUAGGCUCGUGACCCGGAGGUGCCGGACUUGUUACUGGUUAGAGAAAUCCUGAACUGGAUUUUGAAUCCAAUCUAUUUCCUCCGCUGAUUUUUUUUUGUGUGCCAUUUCGAAAUGUGGGCUCGUUAUUUUGAUAAAGAAGUUAUAAUAUCUCUACGAUGCACCUGUGGCCAGACUCUGUUACACCUAUUUAAGAAAGACUAGAAGAGGGCAUAACCAACAUUGAUAUUCUUUGCUCAAUCACAGCAUGUAGUGGAGGUGAGAGAUUUUGAACGUCUAGAUUAAGCUGAGCCUUCUCACUUAGCAAUCACUGCGGCUUUUAAGAUGCCCUGGUGGCCCAUGUCCAAGGAUGGUAAGAAGGGGAAGAAAUCAACCACUAGUGGUUCAUCUGAUGGAGGUUCGGGACAGUCCCAGAGGCCUAGGCCACGCGCGAGGGAAGACAACGGAAGUAGUAAGUACAGUUCCCGCCACAGUUUAGAUUUGGUUUCGGAGGCAGGCUCUGGAUCUGGUGUGGGAUCGCGGUCGCCGUCUCCCUCAUCACCUAGGAACAACAGCAGAAGACGGCAUUCCUAUGGACAGCCUCUUCCGUUACCAUGUGCACCUCCCAUUAAAUCCGUGGAACGGACGUACUCAGAGGGACAGUUGUCUAAUGCCCAAAAUCAGUCGACCCCUGGGUUGCAUCAUGCAACGUCCAUGCCUUUGCCCUCACCAGCUCAGGUCGGACGGAUGGAGCCUACCACUGAAGGGGAUUAUCCAUCCGGGUCGGUCUCUAGUACAAGCUCGUUGGGGAGUGUUGAAGUAGAUCCUCGUCAACAAGGACGAGUCUCGCAUCUCCGACCGUUGCAGGAGCCCGAACCCACUGACCUGCUUCGACCAAUUACGCAAUUCAUUCAAGCCUCAACAGCACUGCGUGGUAGAAUGUCUAGGGCUGAGCCAGUGCGUCUAGAGACCCCCCGUUCUAUGAGUCCUCUUCCUGGCAAUCACCCGCCUGUCAUCUCUCCCACAUCACGGGUUUGGUCUCCAAUGUGGCCUUCACCUCUGAAGAUUCCUCAAUCUCAACCUGACAGUUCAAUGUCGAGUCCUGCCCCGAGCCCCCACUCCGUUUCGCAGAACCAGCCGGCAGUGUCAGGAUCUGUCACUGGCAGUCCUCACUCAGGCAACACAUCUGGGUAUAAUUCUUGGCAAGGAGAUCCCGCGCCCUUAUGGGCACCGCAGCACCACGAAGACAGGUCCCCAAGUCCAAGAUUACGAAGUCCUGGACCUAGUCGUACUGCAAGUGCUACUGUUUCUCCUAGGCAUCCACGGGCUAUCACUCGCACUUGUGGUGGACCUGACUCGCCCAAAACUUGGCACGAAGAUGGUCAAGGUCGCUCUCAGUACGCACCGAAGCCCUUGCCGUUGCCGUUGCCUCCUUCGACCACGGGCAAUAGUAGCCCUUACACUUCUCCCCCUAUUACCUCAGGACCGAGCACGCCUACAAUGUCUCGUCAUACGUCCGCUAGUAUGGAACGUUCCAGGUCUGUAGAACCACCUGUAUCUGGGACCUCAACGAAAUGGCGGAAGGGAAAGCUUCUUGGAAGCGGAACAUUUGGAAAUGUAUACGUGGGUUUCAACAGUGAUAAUGGGGGUUUUUGUGCCAUGAAAGAAGUUCUCUUGGUUUUGGAUGAUCACAAAUCAAAGGAAAGUGUCAAGCAGUUAGGACAGGAAAUAAGUUUGUUGAGUAAAUUGAGACAUGAGAACAUUGUACAGUACAUUGGCACCGAAACGUUGGAGGACAGGUUGUAUAUAUAUUUAGAGUAUGUUUCAGGUGGGUCAAUCCAUAAACUACUCCAAGAGUACGGUGCUUUCAAAGAGCCUGUCGUACGCAACUACACUCGUCAGAUCCUUUCUGGGUUAGCAUACCUGCAUAAUCAAAAUACUGUGCAUAGAGAUAUUAAAGGAGCGAACAUUCUUGUAGACACUAACGGAAUGGUGAAACUUGCUGACUUCGGCAUGGCUAAGCAUAUUUCUGCUCAAUCCUUUCUCCAGUCUUUCAAGGGAAGCCCUUACUGGAUGGCUCCUGAGGUAAUCAAGAAUUCAGGAGGGUAUGAUUUGGCUGUGGAUAUAUGGAGUCUAGGUUGUACUGUGCUUGAGAUGUUGACUACCAAACCUCCAUGGAACCAAUAUGAAGGAGUUGCAGCAAUGUUUAAAAUCGGGAACAGCAAAGAAUUGCCCUCCAUACCAGACACAUUGUCCAGAGAGGGUAAAGCGUUUGUACGUUUGUGCUUGCAACGUGACCCUGCACAACGGCCAACAGCUGCUCAGUUGCUGGAACACCCUUUUGUUCAGGACGUCCCUCGCAUCUGCAGGCCAGAUGACAACCUUACUGGAGCUGAUUUACAACCCAGUACCAUUCCUGCAAUCAGACCUGUGAAUGUGACGCCGCACGUGGGGCACAGGCACGCUACUGCGCAAGAGAAUGACGGAGCGUAUCGUCCGCUAACCAGAGGAAGGCUACCUCAUUCUCCAACAAGUGACCUUUCACCACGAGGCCAUGGACCGUUUGUACUUCCGUCUAUCAGGUCUCCACGAGCAGUCCAUCAGGUCUACAGUGGAAUGUCCACUCCAGGGAUGAUGAGCUCAGGAUCAUCAACUCCGCCUGGUGGAGGCUAUGGCUGCUCACCUUUACUUCCAAAUCAGUUGUGUGGCGCCUUCUCUGCCUAUCCCAACGAGGGGUAUGAGAACAGCUCAAGGACACAGAGUGGACGAUACGCAAGCCCGUCCAUGAUAAAUGGAGGAGCUUACUUUGAACCUCGCAGAGACUCCCAUUGGAAUACACCUCCCCAACGUACACCAGAUGGUAGCCCAACUAGAAGAAACCAUUUAAAUGUAGAUAAUAACAUAUUAGACUUUGCAUUGAGAAGAAUGACCCUAGAAGAUGAUCUCCAAAUGCAGUAUCAUGGCAACGGAACUUUUGGCGAGCGUUUGACUCAGCAACUUCACUAUAGGCCAGGGUCUCCUUUCGCUUAGUCUCAUCAACAGCCAUGAAUUUGGACGCCAGUGGCGACCAUGCGUGCCGGCGCUACAGUGGGGCCGGAGGUCGCCAUGCAGGUGUUGUGAUGAAAUCGAAACCACAAUUGUAGAUCGUAAUGGUAUUAACCUUAGAUGAUCCUAGUUUGACAUCAUACAUUUAUGAGGUCUAAAGCAAGUCCUCAUCACCUAACAUUACAUGCCCUGAAUCAUUUCUGACUUUGCUUCUACAGUUCAAAUACGUUCUUAAACAGUAUCAUCUCAUAUUUGAGUGGCAUUGUUUGUUGGAUGGCAGGCAUGAUCGUUUCAGGCUCUCACUUCAUUCCAGAAGCCUGCUCAUUCUCAGUGCUGAAUCUAUCGUUUCUGGAUGAGAGUGGUGUAUUGUAGCUUCAGGAUCAGUUUGUUGGGAAGAGUUUCAUAUUUGAUACGAUAAAGUCGAUACAAAUUUUAAACUGCACAUGGCUAUUGGUUAAGUCACUUUGCUGGGCAGCCAAUUUCUAUUUAUGAUGUAGCUAUUGCUUGUAUUUCUACCUGCAUAAUAUAGCUCUUCAAUCCUUCUUUUUUAUUGCACUAAAGUGCUCAAA